AUGGUAUUCGGAGCAGACAAUGCAUACAAACGAAUUGACGCUCAAGUCGAGGCGACACUUCAACAAGCCGCCGAUAUUCUCAAAGAAAUGAAGAUUCAGAAGGACGAUGAGAUGUCGACGUCAUCGUCGGUUGUCAGCAAGUCGACAGAACUCUCAUGCACGUCGUACGAGACCCGCAAGACCAUCUCUGUCAACUCGAUUCGUUCCAAUAAGGUGCCAAAAGCCACGAUUCGUACGCCUUCCGAUUCUGCUAAAACUCGCAAGUUCUACUUCCCACCGGCAGCGAUGAACAAGCCAUGUACACCGUCGGUGGUCUCCGGAAGUUAUCCUUCGGACAAUUAUUAUGAUGGAAGCACCACCACUGAAAAUCUGGCUUCCACUCCGGAUCUCUUCCCAAAUGCCAUCUACAUUCCAUGUGAAAAAGCCAACGAAUAUAAGGCAAUGCAGAAAGAUAAGGUUGUCCAAGAAAGCUCUGCCCAAACCACUGCGAAAUCGUCGAAAUCCACUCAAUCUCUCUAUCGUAAACACGUUCAAAAGUUGGCCAUUGAGCCAUUGGACGAUAUUCGUUACUUGAAAUGCCGCGGAAACAAGAAACCCAAACCGGAUUCUCUGUUCCCAUCUGCUACUUAUUCAGCUGGAAAUCAGCCGAAAAUGGAGAUGUCUCCUGUCUCCUCUGCCAUCGAGUCAUCUGUCGUCGCAACAGCUGAUGGGACGACAACGACAACUGGGGAAUGUUCGUUGCUUUUCAAACCCAUGGAAUUUGUUUCCACUUCUUGUCCACCGGUUAGAAUGCUCCUCCAACCUCUCGAGAAGAAGCAAAAAUCGAUGAAAACCGUGUCAAAGACUCUCGUCAAAAAAGCGGAAACCGAAGAAUUUCCAAUUGUCCCAAAACAGCUUCAAUCGAGUACCAAACUCAAAACUUCGGACCAAAAAAUGGACCGUACCAAAUUUUCGGCUCAAUUCAAUCUCGGACGCCAGACUUUUAAUUUGUCGGGAAUUUUGAAUGGACCAUUGACGAAGAAGCCAAAUGUCUCCACUUUGGUUAUUAAUGGGAACUCGUAUUCGGUUUAG